UAACUCUUCCUUUGGGUUUUGUAUUCAUUCUGGAUGAGGCAACGGAAUUUAAUCUUGGCUUUUUAUACAGUGGCUAGUUAAAUUCAUAUGAAGCUUAAUGCAAUUUUAAUUUUUUUGUUUAAAAUGAAAAUGACUUUAUUGGUCUUUCAUUCUUUUGGAGUAAAACAUUUUAUUUUGAGCGCUAUUAAUGCAGUAAUUGAGGCAUAACCGGGGUAUAACGUCUAAGUAGGGUUUUUUUUUAGCUUAACUCGUUUAGUGAGAUGGAUUGGAUGGAUAGAUUAUCUCUUUGGCACAUCAAGAAUCCUUCUGGUUAAAGAUGCAAUGCUUAUCAUUCUGACCUAUUUUCCACACAAUUAUAGAAAUCUUAUAGCGCAACUAAUUCCCCAAACAAUGAAUUAUUCAACAAAGCCUGGGCAACCAGGCCCCCUGCUCCAGUUUUUGACAGCACUGUCACUGCUUCCAAUGCGCGUGUCCGCUUAAGGGCGUGCGCACUCCCGUCCCAGCAGGAAAUAUGGCGGCGCUCAUGACUUUAAGUCAGUUAUCGAGCGGAAACCCGGUAUAUGACAACUAUUUCCGACAGGUUGACCGUGGAAACACAGGACAAAUAUCAGCUGGGGAUGCAGCUCAAUUCCUUAAGAAGUCGGGGCUGUCCGACAGUACACUUGGAAAGAUUUGGGAUUUGGCUGAUUCGGAACGAAAAGGCUAUUUGGACAAGAGGGGUUUCUUCAUAGCUCUCAGGCUUGUGGCUUCGGCACAGGGCGGCAACGACAUUAGCCUCAACAACCUCAACCAAACGCUAGCUCCUCCCAAGUUUAAGGACACUGGUAGUCCAUUAGCGAGCCUAUCCCCAGUACCAACAACACAAACAGACUCGCAGUGGGCAAUACGGCCUGACGAAAAAGGGAAAUUUGAUGGUAUCUUUGAAAGUCUGUUGCCAGUCAACGGCCUCCUACCAGGGGAUAAGGUCAAACCCGUGCUCAUAAACUCCAAGCUACCUCUGGAAGUGUUGGGAAAGAUUUGGGAAAUUAGUGAUGUCGACCAGGAUGGGCAGCUGGACAAAGAGGAGUUUUCUGUGGCCAUGCAUCUGGUCUACCGAGCCAUGGAGCAGGAGCCCGUCCCGGCCACCUUGCCCUCCAACCUCAUCCCGCCGUCCAAGAGGAGGAAGUCUGGCAUGAAGUUGGCGGGCGCCGUGGCCGUGCUGCCCGGUCUGUUCGGGAUGUCCCUCUCCUCGGCUCCGUCGCCCCUGAAGGAGACCCUGCGGCCCACCCCCUCCCUGAGUGCCGUCGCUUCCCUGGGAACGCCCACCAGCGGCCUCUCGCCUAAGCACUCCUUCAAGUCCAGUCCACAGCAGACCUCCUCCGUGAACUGGGUGGUCCCGCUGGCAGACAGGGGGCGCUACGACGACCUCUUCCUCAAAACGGACACAGACAUGGACGGCCUGGUCACUGGUACGGAGGUCAUAGAGAUCUUCAUGCUGUCCAGCCUGCCCCAGACCAUGCUGGCCCAGAUAUGGGGCCUGGCGGACACCAAGCAGAUGGGCAAGCUGAGCAGGGAGCAGUUCUCCCUGGCCAUGUACCUGAUCCAGCAGAAGGUCAGCCAGGGCACGGACCCCCCGCAGAGCCUCACCCCGGACAUGAUCCCCCCGUCGGAGCGGAGCGCGCCCGCGGCCGCCGGCCCCACCUACGCUGGUUUCAUGUCUGCUGUGGGACCUGAGCUUGGCGCCUUUGCUCAUCUGCGCAGAGACAGCAACAGUUCCAGCGGCUCAGCCGACCUGACGGGCAUCAAAGAACUGGACGACCUCAGCCAGGAAAUAGCUCAGCUGCAGAGGGACAAGUACGUCCUGGAGCUAGAGAUCAGAGAGAAGGAGGAAGCCAUCAGACAACAGAACACUGAGGUUCAGGAGAUGCAGGUGGACCUGGACCGGGAGAACGGCACCCUGCAGGACGCCGAGUCCCAGAAGCAGGACGCUAAGGAGAGGCUGGAGGAGAUGGACCAGCAGCGCUCCAAGCUGGAGGGGAUGCUGAACGACGUGAAGGUCAAGUGCCAGGACGAGUCCCAGACGAUCGCGUCCCUGCAGAGCCAGAUCCGCUCCCAGGAGCUGGACCUGCGGAGCCAGGAGGACGAGAUGGGUCGCACCAAGGGGGAGCUGAGCCGGCUGCAGGAGGAGGAGGCCCUGCUGGGCCAGAACCUGCUGUCGGGGCGCGUCCAGCUGGACAGCAUCACCAAGUCCCUGAGGGCCACCCAGGACGAGCUCAACCAGGCCCGCAGCAAACUCACUCAGAUCCAGGACAGCCAGCUGGAGGUGACCAAGGGCAUCGAGCAGUACGACCGCGCGCUCACCAACGGCGGCAGCAUGACCAACCUGGCGGACGACGUCCUCCCGGAGAAGGAGAACGGGGCCUUCAGAGGGACGGCGGAUUCCUUCAAGUCUCGGAUAGCCAUGUUCAACAGCAGCAACGGGCCCCGGGACACCUCCAGUGACCCCUUCCAGACCGAAGACCCCUUCAAGGCCGACUCCUUUCAAGAUGCUUUCGGGGGAGAUCCGUUCAAAGCCACCGACCCCUUCAAAGGAACAUCCUCCGAAGACUUCUUCAAAAAGACGGACAAGUCGGACCUGUUUGCGUCGUCGGACCCGUUCGGGAGGAAACCCACCCCCCCGCUCAAGCCGCCCGCCUUCGGUGGUGCUGACCUGUUCAGGUCCAACAGCCCCAAGGCAAAAGAACCAGAUGCGUUCGGGAAAACGGACGCCUUCGGGAAUAACUCCUUUGGAAGCAAGGGCGGUUUCGCCGACUUUACUCAGAUGUCAAAGAAGCAGGACAACCCCGCCAUGCCCCCCAAGAAAAAUGUGCCUAACCGCCCAGCACCUCCCUAUGCAGGAAGUGAAUACGGCGAGUCUGGAAGUGAGCGGCAGCAGAUGGAGUGGGCCCGGCGGGAGAGCCAGCGGGAGGAGCAGGAGAGGCAGCGGUGGCUCCGCCGCAUGGAGCACGAGGACCUGGAGCGGGCCAUCGCCCUCAGCAAGGCCCAGAUGCCCAGCACCUAAGCCACGCUCGACGGCAGACUCCUCCUCCUCCCUCCUACUCCACCUCCGCGUUUCCCUGACUCCAGAAAACUCUUAAGACUCCUAACGCGACCGCAGACUCCUCCUCCUCCCCCCCCUCUCCUUCUCUGUUCCCUGACU